AUGUCAACUUCCAGCGGCAACAAUUACGAUUAUUAUUACUCCUCUUCCUCCUCCAGCUCCUCCGAUGAGGAUUCCAAAGCUUCUGUAGACAAAUCGGAAGCUAAGACAACUCACGAUGAGGGAGAGAAGUCUAGCGUACCCUUGAACGAUCGCAGGGUCACUUAUGCUGAACUUAUAAAGAGGAAGGCUGAAGAUGAUGAAGCCGAGAAUCGUCAGCGCAGAAGGGAUCGAAUCCGGCGUCGAGUACAAGCGGAUGAGGAGAGACGUCAAUUCCUUGAUGGGGUACCCUCUGACUCUGAUGCUGAUGUUUCUGAAGAGGAGACUGCGUGGGUAUUUACAGAGUGCAUGAUCAAGCCUGACCGAUACGAAAGAGAGUUUCGGAGGACCAUGAAGCAAAUUGAAGCCGAAGCUGAAGCAGAAGAAGACUCGGACUCAGAUGAUGAUCUUGAGGCUCGUCCAUACUUCAUCCCUGACGCUGAUUCCGAUGAAGAGGAAGAUAGCGAUGGCAAAUCUGAUGAAUCGGAUGAUGAGAAGGACAGUGAUGACGAAUCUGGAAAUUCGGAUGAGUCUGACGACAGUAAUAUUUCUUCUCAAGAUGAUCCUCAGUCGAAACGUGAAAUAGAAGCGUCCAUCUCAGAUAACCAGAAGAAUUCUUCAUCCCAUAACUCGAGGCCUAAGGGGAUUGUUAGAGCUCUUGCCCGUUACAGGUCGGCUUAUGCUGAGGCGGAUGUUCGUGUCGUCGUUGAUGCCAGAAGGAGAAGGAGUGGAAAGUCUGUGACCGUGGUUGACGUUGAAAACAGCAGCACCCGAGUUGGUGAAGACUCUGCAGAAUCCGUAGAGAUUGAACACAUGGUUCACGCUCGUGAAUAUCCAACAGCUGGACUAUCGUUUGAAGCUCCUAUGAUCAAUAAUUUCCCGGACAAUGAGGUGGUUGGUGGAUUCGUCAUCUUCAAGUGGGAUGAGAUGAUUUCGAAUUGCGAGAUAUUGCGGUUCAAUGUAGGAUGGAUUCGUCAUCGGAUCGAGAUAAUCAAGAUUCAUAAGGCGACGGAGGCUGCUGAUACGAUUUUUCUGACCACUGCUUUACUAGAGGAGGAGAAGAUGCUCGCUUUGGAGUCGGCCCGGGUUGAGAAGGCGGUGCAGGAAUUGAGGACGAAAACCAAAAGUUUUCAGAAGAAGCUUGACAGGGUUGCUUACAGAGAUUACCCAUUGUUGGAUGGUUUCCUCUGA